AUGAACAACGAGUACAUACAACGAAAAGUAGCGUCCAAAGAUGCCCAAUGUUGUAUCAUAUGCUCGUUGCCAACAACAUGCGUUCUUUUCCAGAAUCAAGGAAUGGAUUGGUUCUACUGUUGUGAACUACAUUUGAAGGAUAAUCCGCAAUUUGCCAAACCUAUUCAUACCCAGGAGUAUCUAGAUGCCCUUGAAGAAGUGAAACGAUUGAAGAGUGCUAUCGAUUCCAAGCAGGCAAACUCCUCGGGUAAUUGGGAUGGAUGGGUCAAGGGUAUAUUCAUAAAGAAGCCGAAUAACGGUGACAAAGAUAAAGACGACGGGCAAGAUGAAGAAGCAUCUGAGGAAGCACUUGGAGAGUCGUUAGAAUCACAGUAUCAGAGAUCAUUGGAAUCGGUGGUACAACAUCAAAAAGCUCAACGCAAGUUCAGUAUGAGUGACGUAAUGUUUGGAAGCCGGCUACAGCUAAAGAAACAAAUAGCAGCAGCCAAAUUGAGAAAACAGAAAGAACAAGAAGCAUAUACUAGCACCGAUCCUGCUGAACUUGAGGCGCGGUUUGAUUUUCCAACGGUUCCGAGAUAG